CGUCACCCAAGAUGGAUGCUCCCUAGCAUUACGAGACAAUUACAAGUUAUAUUUUCAAGAAUUGGACAAGAACGGAUUAAUUAAUUGUGAAUGAUACAACUCGGCAUACAGACAACAGUCCCAGCAUUAAGAAAACGUUACGCUGCAUUUUUCAAGAAGGCCCUACAAUCUUGCCUACUGCGGUCAGGCUGAUCAGCAUUCCCUUGCUGUCCCACCAUCAGUGACGUUGGUUAGACAAGCGACUGUGAUAAAACAAAGAUAAAGCCCUCUCAGUUAACCGAAUGUGGUUACCUAAAGUACAUUAGGUAUCAUAUGUACGGUAAUAUGUGAGCCAUAGAUUAGCAUGAAGGAAAUGCUGGACUGAAAACAAAAGGGAAAAAUACUGGUGUGAUUUCAGUGAAAAGAACCAGAAAGAAUAUACUUUUUUGUUGUCAUUGACGAAAUAACGAAAUAAUGUAGCUUUUAAUGAUGAAUUUAAAGAAAACAGCCCAAGUUGAACUGCAGUUAUAAUAUAGUAUGCUGAUUUCCAUGCAUAAUCAGUUAAUUUCUGCGAAUCAAUGUUAUCUUUAAAAGGAUUUUGAUGCAUUGACACUAUAAAUUGAACAAAUUGUUUGUGUUUUUAACAAUUGGAUGCGUAUCUUCUUGUUACCGCAAAAUCUUUAAAUUACCAAAAACAUUGGAUUUAACAUCAUAUAAGCUGUAUGUUUUCGGAUCACUGGUUUUUUCACCGAAAAGAAACUACAUUGGUUUUAUUUCAACAAGUGUUUUAUAAGCUGAACAGUGUGGUUUAUAUGAAUCACUGGUGAAGUGGCUGUAUUUGUACAAGUCCGAGAGGGAGAAUGUUUUAUACCAUGUGGUUUGAUAGUGAUGUAACCGUAGAAGAAAAUAUACACACUGAUUUAGUCUCGUAGACGGAAAUUGAGAAGAUAUCCUGAUAUCCUUGGAAUGAAAAACAUGGAUGUUGAGAUUAUUUUUCAUUUGAUAAAGUUUUAAGAAAUCAGAUGUGAAGGAAAAUAUUUCGCAAGAUUCUGUGUUAUAUUUGUGAAGUGCACGGUGCAAGGAAGUUUAUACAUGGAAGUUGUUAGUAUUUGUUUAGAAUGAAUCAGUAUUGAGGUCGUAUGGAGAGUAAUAAAACAUUGAAAAAAUAUCAACGUAGAAAUAUAUGGUGUGAUAAUGUUUAAAUGGAUAAACCAUAUAGUGAAGUGAUAAAACGCAAUAGUUUAGGAUGGCGAUUAGAUGAUACUCGACCAUAUGAAAGUCACUCAACAUACCAAAAGUAGAAAAGACUCGCUUCUUUGAAGUCAGCAGGUAUUUGCAAACAUUGAACUAAACUACAUGUAGGAGAUAUAAACUUUGUGGUCAGGAUAUAACAGUGUGGUUAAGACGUAACAUUUUCAAGGAUCUCAUUCAGUGAAAUAAGCCAUAGUGUUGACAACCAUCUAAUAGCUUGACCAAGCCUUUUAAAAGGAGAAUCCUACAAAAUCUGUGAUAUUUUGGAUGAAAAUUAAUAUGACAGAGGCAGUGAAAAAAUCUUGAGUCACUGAGGAUUUAAGUGAAAUUGCGUGGUGAAGUUCAAAUUUUGGAUGCUCUUUUGAAGAUAUGUUAAGAGGUGAUAAAAUUACAACGGAGAAAAAAUAUGGAGAAAAAGAGUUAUUUAUUCCUUGGUGACAUUGGAUAGAUGAAAAUAUAUAUGGAUUAAAAUCAUGGUUAUCCAUGAAAUUUAGCAUGAAUGUGUUAAUGAAGAUUGAUUUAUUCGUUGAACGUGUAAUUUACUGUUGUUUUCAAGUUAUUUUUCAAUGAUGCGGUUUUUGUGGUAACAUAUUGAAUUAAAACGCAAUUUUUGCUUGAACUAAUUUUCUAGCCACUCAGUGUUGAUAAUCAAAUUAUGGUUUUAUCUGGAAAUCAUGUAAAGUGUUCUUAUUGUGUCCAUUCACAUCUGGAUUUCUUAGAUCAGUGUGCAGUGUCCAGUCCCAGAAAAGAAGUGCUAAUUUUUUAUCAGGAUUGUUAAAGGAAGGCUUCGUGAUUCCUCUGGAUAUAAGUCAAAGACCUCUGUACAUAGGCAUCACUAAAUCAAAGACGGAUCAUUGCGCAAUAUCAAAAUGGCUGGACAGGAAUCAGCGGAAGAUGUCAUUCAGGAGAUUGCAAGGGGUUUGCGGCGGGGUUUGGAGAUGGGAAAUCGCGCUGUACAACACAAUAUCGCCAAGAAGCAGACAUUACGAAUCAAAUUUGAGUACAAUGGAGAAAGAAGGCAAGUGUUGCUUCAUCGGCCAGUCACGUAUGAGCAGUUGGUGGCGAAGGUUGAAGAGCUGUUCAACUGCCGUCUCAACAUCUCCUUCACACAGGCUAAUGGAGAGAUAUUCGGCCAGAUAACGAACCAAGGGAGCCUGGACUCCGCAGUACAGGUGGUCGAUAAGAACGACAAGAUCAGUAGUCUCCGCCUCCUCCUCACCAACUCUUCAUCUCCGCCCUUCAACCAUCGAAUCACAACAUCGAAAUCUCAUCAUACCAGGGAUUCCCCUAGUCCUCCCCCUGGCUCUCUUCCGGAACAUGACAGGUCGUAUAAUCACAGCGUGUCAACGAGUUCUAUCACGAGUGAUGGAGAGUUCAUUCCAGAAAAAGAUAGUUUACUGUCGGACAGCAACAACUCCCUGGACAGUUGCUAUGCCAGUGCACAUGGUGAUCGUGGGGAGACAUUUCCCAGGGGUAGAAGAGACACACGGCGCAGCAUUCUCUCCGACGGCCCUCCAGAGGAGUAUGAUCGUAUGGAUCAACGGUUCGGGACCUAUCCACGUAACUCGUACCCGUUCCACGCUGCAGCUUCCAACUCAGAAUCCCACCGUACCUAUCCCCGAAUGACCAUGAACGCUAAAGUGCGCACGGACACUCAAACUAUUUCCCUCAGAUCUCUGGCGUCGCGGGGCAGCGAGGGAACCCUCAGUACAAGCUCCAGUAGUUCCGGUUUCCCGCCAGAGCCCGAGGACUCCCCCGAGGGCCGAUUAUUCAAACGGAGCAGUCAGGAUGGGAGCCCAUUGUAUAACCCUGCAUACUCAAAAUCACCCCAGUGCCCGAGAAACUGGCGUAAAGGCAACAGACUGGGUUGCGGAGCAUUCGGGGAGGUGUAUUUGUGUUUUGACCAUGACACGGGGCGUGAGCUGGCAUGUAAGGUGGUCAAACUGGUCACCGUCAACGCUGAAGUCUCCAAGGAGGUUCGCGCCCUAGAAAAUGAGAUUAACUUGUUACGUAACUUUGCUCAUGAGCGGAUAGUUCAGUAUUACGGUUGUUCAUCGGAGGGACAGGAUAUGACAAUAUUUAUGGAAUACAUGGCUGGGGGUUCUGUGUUUGACGUGAUUAACAAGUAUGGGGCCUUGACAGAGCCGGUCACGGGGCGAUAUACCCGACAGAUCCUCGAGGGGCUCGCAUAUCUACAUAAAAAUUCCAUAGUUCACCGGGAUGUUAAAGGUGCUAAUAUUUUACGUGAUAACUCUGGCAACAUAAAGUUGGCAGACUUUGGCACGAGUAAGCGGUUGAAGACAAUUGUCACGUGCAGUGGUAUGCAGGAGAAGAACACGGUCGUGGGUACCCCGUACUGGAUGGCUCCCGAAGUGAUCAAUGGCGAGACUUAUGGCAGAAAGGCAGACUUAUGGAGUGUUGGUUGUACAGUGGUAGAAAUGUUGACAAAGAAACCUCCAUGGCCUGAGCUUGAAACCAUGGCAGCCAUUUAUAAAAUAGCAACGGCGGACUUCCCAAAGUACCGUUUACCCGACAGUACUACAGACUAUGUGCAUGACUUCUUAAAACUUGUGUUUAAACGUGAUUCUAGACAGAGACCCACAGCCGAGGACCUUUUAUUACACCCAAUGGUUAAUAGGUGAACAGGGAAACAUAAGUCUAGUGAUUUUAAUUAAUUUAUACUGGAACAAAAUUAUAUUGGGAAGUGGUUCCUUUAUGAUAUGUGGUGGAAGUGAAAGUGUUGGUGUUGACGUGAUCCUCGUAUACUUGUAAAAUAGGGAGUUUUACAUAAUCAGUGUCUGUGAUUGUUAUUUGUCCAUAUGCAUAUAUGGUUUGAAGGUGAACUGGGAAGCAUUUUAUCCAUAUAUGUAUUUAUGGUAAAAAGGUGAACUCAGAAGGAUUUUGAACCAUAUGGGAAUGCAGUAAAUUAGUGAACUGGGAAGCAUUUUAUCCAUAUGUAUUUAUGGUAAAAAGGUGAACUCAGAAGGAUUUUGAACCAUAUGGGUAUGCAGUAAAUUAUUGAACUGGGAAGCAUUUUAUCCAUAUGUAUUUAUGGUAAAAAGGUGAACUCAGAAGAAUUUUGAACCAUAUGGGUAUGCAGUAAAUUAGUGAACUGGGAAGCGUUUUUAUUCGUAUGCAUAAACGGUAAAGAGGUGAACUGGGAAGCUUUUUUUUCGUAUGCAUAAACGGUAAAGAGGUGAACUGGGAAGCAUUUUCAUCUGUAUAGAUAUAUGGUAAAUAGGUGUACUGGGAUGCAUUUUGAUGAAUCCUGACUCAUCAGCAUGAGGAAGUGGUUAUAUUGUUUUUCACAAGGAGAGAUGGUGGAAAUGAAUGUUGGACAGGGUGGGUUUGUAAAACUUGGAAUAUUACUUAACCAGUUAAGUGGAGUGCCUGUGAUGGGUUUUAUGGUGAACAGGGAACGAAGAAGCAUUCAUUUGUUUAAUUUUGCAAUAAACUUGUCUUUUGACAUCCUGUAGUAUAAAUGUAAAUUGCAUAAGAUAGCUUUGAACUGAAUGAGCGCAUAUAUGCUUCCAACAGAGACAUAAUUCGUGAGAAAUAUUAUCAAACAGAGAUGACAUUUCAAAUGAAAUGAAAAGUAUAAACUUGGAAGGAAAUUGGAAGUGAUAUUAGUGUAAACAUUGUGAUGAAGUGAGAGUGAUGUGAUAUUUCGAAAUGGAAUGAAGGGUUAUUAAGUUUCGAUAUUUAAUGGACAAUGUGAGUUUAUGUGCCUUGAAUCAACUACUUAAGUGUCUAUUGCAUGGAACACUUAUAUGGAACUGAUUUGCUGAUAAGACAUUGAGCUGCAGCCGAUUGUAUAAACUGGGAUAUGUUGUUCGAUAAGUUGUCCAUAGGCUUUUCUUUGGCCAGUUUGCACUAAACAUGGAAUUGAUUCAAAAUUGCUGAAUAGAUAUUGAACUGCAGCUGAUUGUAUAUAACUGGUAAUUGUCCGCAGGCUGUUUUUGGCCAGUUUGCACAUUUAAGGAAUUUGAUUGGACGAUAUUCGGUAUUCGAUAACUAUUGACCAAUCAAUAAACAUUUUGGAUAACUUUCAACAAACAUAAGAGAACUCGUUUUAUUCAAUUGUCUGUGGCAGCCUGGCAAUUAAUUGUGUUUAACUUUGAUUAUUUGUCCACAUGAUAUCGUUUGGCCAUUUGACUCAUUUAAAUGAUUUGAUUGGAUGAUAGUAAUUAUUGUUUUUAUUGGCAAAUCUUAACAUUUUGGCUAACUAUGACCAAACCUAAGAGUUAACUCAAUUUAUUCAAUUGGCUGCGGCAGCAUUUGGAAUAAAAAAAAUUGAUAACUUGUUAACAGGUUAUCUUUUGGCUAGUUGACUUUUUAAAACGAUUUGAUUGGUUAGUAGUUAUUAUUGGAUAAAUAUUGACCAAUCAAGAAACAUUUAAAACGAUUUGAUUGGUUAGUAGUUAUUAUUGGAUAAAUAUUGACCAAUCAAGAAACAUUUCGGAUAAGUUUGACCAAAUCAAAUAGUUAACCAGUUUUAUACAGUUGUCUGCAGUUGCCCUUGGUUGAACAAAUACAAUUUCAGGUAACUGACUUACAAAUACACUGCUCAUAAUAUCAGCGAUUUGCAACAAUGUAGAAGUAUGAUGCUUGGUGACCCCAUAUAACUUGAGUAUCAUUUGAAAGUUAGUGCUUGCUGAUAAAUAACAAGUGUGUGUGGUAUAAAAGACUGAAAAUACAGUAUAGAUACUAUCAUUGCAAUUUGUAACUUUUGGUAUUUAUUUGAUGAAAACUGAAAUUGGUCAUAAAAUGGCUUAUUUUGCAAUAGUUUUAAGGUCGAAAAAGCUUGGUGGUAUUUUAUUUGGUAUUAUCUUUUCAUAUUCUAUUUCUACAUAUAAACACCUUUCAACUGAUAGCAAAAUACUAAAAAAUGGCUUCACCUAGCAUCCAAAAAUUACAUUAUUAAAUAUUGGACUGUGGCUUAAAUGGACAGUGUACAUGUAGUUCUUACAAGUGCUGUGAUUUUGGUUUGCGGACUCUUCAAAAAGAGAUUGUUGGUAUAUGAUACAAGUUCUAGCGUGGAAUACAUGUUGACUGGAUAACCGGAUUGUCACUACUUACAGAAUAAUUUCUAUGUGCUGUUGGUAAUGUCUUUCAGAAUUGAAGUUGUUCAAGGGAAUAAUAUAAUAUAUUGAUGCAUGCAUUUUGAGUCUAAUGGAUCAUUUCAGAGCUUGAUAUUUUUCAGUGGAACAUUAUAUGAUAAUUUGAUGAUACUGCUAGCGAAUGAGUGUGAUUUUUUUUCUUUAAAUACAAUUACUCAGUAGUAUUUCGAAUUUUGUGUUUCUUUAAAGAAGUGCUUUUUCUAUAAAUAGUAAAAAUAGUUAUGAUUUUAUAAAAUUGGGAAAAAAUCUGUUAUAAAAACAAAUAAUGGUUUUCAAUAAUACAUUUGAACAUAAAAGUUCUGUAAUAUAAUAAAAAUAAAUUUGCAUCUUAAUUUUUUUUUAAAUUUUUGAUUAUUGUUUUUUUUUUUUUAAAUGAUUGAUUUUUUUAGUAUUUUCCAUGUAACAUACCAGUACAUGUGUAAUAUGUAGGGUUAAUUCCAGAAGUUACCAAAACAUACUAUAUUUUAAUGUGGAUUGGUACAUUUUGACAUUAACCCCACAAUAUUAUGUUCAGCUGUAUUUGGGUUUUCAUAAAAUCAGUAAUUAUCUUUCUUUAGUUCUUGUUUGGAUUCCGAACUCUCUGUGAUAAAUGUACUGAUGUUGGUGAGCACUUUGCACUUCCUUGAUUAAAUCCUAUGCAAUUUACCCAGUAAUUAAAUAUGCACAUUUUUUUGGCAGGUACAAAUUUCCGUUACAGAAUAGUAUUUGAAAUAGUAAUCUUAGGUCAUUCUGAUCCCAUAAUGAGGCACUUGUUUGUUCAAAAUGUUGAUUUAGACUAAAUUAAUGAACUUAUACAACAUGGAUGAAGUUUGCUACCGAAUUUUACUGUAGAGAGUAUGCUAAAAUAGAUAAAGUACAGUGGGGAAAAAAAAAAUCCAGUAAAUAGAAGAUAAUUGUUUAUUUCAGUGUGAGAUUGAAAUAUGCUUUACCUAGUGAGCACCAAAAUUUGUAUUGACUUUAAAAUGAGGUGAAAUGUUUUGCAAUCAGCCCUGUGCGUGCUGACCCGAAUACAAUCUUUAUUACCAGGCAAUACUUGCAAUCAUAAUCUGAGGAGAAUAGCUGCAUACUAUCUGUAGGAAAAUUUGAAAUGCUUGUAUAUUAUUUUUGAAUUCUUCACAGCAUCCAUUAUGAAUUGAUAUGAAGAAUUUCAAUGACCGAAGGCAUAUGUUCACAACUUGUUGUCUGAAAUGAGCCACAUGAAUCAAAUCAUAUGUUAACCAGUUGUUUACUUGUCUCUUUUUUGAAGAACAAAGGUCAAGGUAUUGUCAUAAGCCUUGGCGUUAAUGUCGUCGGUGGCGUCCAUGUGCAAAACAAUUGACAUCGGCCACAACUGAAAAGAUUGUACAAGAUAUUCAAAUGAAACUUGGUACACUUGUUGCCAGAGAUAGUACAAACAUGUACAGCAAGGCCCAUAACUCUUGCUUGAAUAUUGAGUUAUGUCUCUUUAUUGACUGAAAAAGAAUAGACAAGCAUUGCCGUUGUCUUUGCAGUGCUCUUGUUCUAAGUUAAGUUACAGUCUCAGAAACAUUUACUUAAUAUGCAAAUUCUGUUAGUUGGUAGUUAUUCUGUCACGAAAUUUUACUAUGUGCCUUAAUUACCUGAACUGCCAAAUUAAAACACCUUAUUACUUAACAAGAAUUUUCUUUACACAUUUAGUAUUGAAAAACAGUUGAAUGCAAAUCUACUGAAUACCACCCAACAUUUUGUGAAAAGAAAUUUGAUUGAUAUUUUGAUAUUAUAAAAUUUCAUGAUAUUCAGCUAUUUCAUGAUGAUUUUCCAGAAUCUUAUUGACUAUUUAAGUUUGAUGUAAAUUCAGCAUUCUUCUUAUUGAGCUUUUAAUUUUAAGUCUGUUGUGUUUUUCAGUUAGUUUCUUAUAGUUUUCUUUAAUAUGUGCUAUUUGGAUGUCAAUCUUGUUUCUGUUUAAAACUGUUUUCUAUAAUUAUACCAUAGUUUGUUUACAUAAUCAAAAUCAUGUGCUAUACAGUUGAUUUCCACUGGAAAAGUGCAAAACUUGUAUGCAAAGUUUACAUAUAAAAUCGCAUUCAUGGCAACGUUCAUUGGCCCAUCUUUUUUCAUGCACGUAACACAUCAAAUUAACAUUGAUGAGAAUUCAUAGGAUCUAUUUGAAACUUAAGAGCUGUUUUUUGUCAGUGUAGGAAAAGUUUAUUUUAUUUAAAAAAAAAAAAACUUAAACAAUGUUUGAAACACACUAAACACUGAACUGAUUUUCUUGAUCUUCCAAUAUUUUUGCGUACACUCAUGGUAAAGAUCCCCUAAUAGUCAUUUAUAAUAAGUAUCUUAAUUAUUGUUUGUAUUUGGAUCGUGAAUCGGGAAAAUAAUUCUGUAAUAUUUUCAAUGAAAAAAAUAUUUUUUUUACAUUUACGGAGAAACAAAUUUAUGGCGCCUUAAGAUGAUUUUCUUGAUUUCAUAACACUAUCUUUCAUGUUGUUAAUUGCUUAAAAUUAAGAUUUUGUUAAUUUCUUCCGUAAAAUGAAGAAUGAAUAACCUAUUAGACCCUCAAAAAGUAUGGAUGUAGAUUGAGGAUCAAAGUCUUAAUAAUCAAUGUCUUUUCAUUAUGAAAAUCAAAACUUUCAUUUUGUUGUUAACUGAUUUGCUAUUUUUUUAAAUUUUAAAUCUUAGACAUACUUAUGUGUAUAGUUUGUUUACAUUUCUACUUAUUUCUACUUGAUGUCAUUAUUUGUUCAUAUUUUAUGCCAGUUAACUCGACCAGAGAUGCUUGGAGGACAUGGUCAUGAUUCAUUAUGUUUCAAACCGUUAAGAGUAUAUCAAUAUAUUUGUUAUGUGUGCAAAUUUUAUACCCAUGACAUAAAAAAUAUCAUUAUAAAAUACUGAAAAUAAAUAUUUUAAAAACUA